ACACUAGAAGUGUUUUCUACUUUUCUGUAAAAUACUAACUUGCUGCUCCGUUUAUGCUUAUUUUUCAUUUCAAAGCACAUCAACCAGAACUAGAAGGAAAAACGAAAGAAAUCAAGAACUAUUAAGAAGUGAAAGAACUACUUAGACUUUCAUAUAUUAAUUUCAAUUUGGUUUUCAUCCCGCUCAUCUUGAGAAGCGCACACGCAAUUCAUUACCAGUGUUGCUAGUGCUCGUGCUGGAUCGUGUUUUUCUAGUGCUUGGUUUAUUUCAUCGGGCGUCUACAUUUCCAUUUCCAAACAGUCAUGCUGUCCUCCUCCCGUGUUGCAGCGGUUUCUCUCCUCUACCCUGCGACUUGGCUCGCAGCAUCUUUCUGCCGUCCUGGACGAGUCGACGCCGUGAAGAUCCGGCAUCGAGCAGUACGGGCGGACAGUUCCGACUGGGGCAGUCUGGAGCGACCGUUCCGACUGCAGCGGGAAGCUGCAGUUGCAGUGCCGGAUGAAGAUGUGGCACUACCGGAAGAUGCGGUGAUGGCUGCAAAUUGGGGACGCAUCGGAUCCUUCCUGUGUAAAUCGAAACGCGGCGAUCACCCAGGUGCAGACAGUCGCGCGGCCAGCAGAAAGAUAAGAGAUAACCACGACCGGCAGGCGAACACCGACGUUGCUCUCAGGAGGUCGACCACAGCGUUUUUUCCCGGCUUGCCGGACAACGUCGUGCAAAGGGAUGCUAUUUUUCGUGUGCAAGACGCGGCGAUUCACGGUGAAUUGUCGUGGGACGAGUUUGCGGCUCUGCCUUUAUACAUAAAGAAAAGCCGGGACGUGGUGAUGCAUUUAUUGAAGCCCGAUGGAAUCAUCAACACUGCAGAAAAAUUUCGCGCCCUGCCGGAAGAAGCGAAGAGAGACAUGAGGAAUGUCCUGGAUGCGCGGAGCUCGGGCGCGUUACCGAAGGCUGAGCGGCUCGCGGAGUUCGAGCUCCGGUGCGUGAAAGACCUAGUGGCUCGCCGCGAAUUGUCGUUGGAACAAUUUUUGGCCCUGCCGGAAGAUGCACAGCAAGACAUGGCGUAUCAUGCGCUGCGGUCGGGCAUUUUUGAUUUGCGGGACGACUGGAACGCACUGCCGGCGGUGCUGCGCCUCUUUCGUGGUCCGUGGGACAACGAGGGAAAAUUGCUGCCGCGCGACGGGCCUGAGUGGUUGGCUGCCCUCGACCAAAUUCGCACUGCCGGUUGUGGCGGACCUGGAUCGCCGCAGCCGCGACCAGCAUCAUGAGCGCGACAGCAAUUCUUGCAAGAAAGGGCAGAAAAGACUUAUAAAAGUAAUCCUAUUGUAUUAAUCUAUACUUUUUUUUCCAAAUCCGAUUGGUUAUAAUCAAGCAACACGACGCUAGUAGCGAAGACGCUGGUGCUGCCAUCAGGAGCGUAAGAGAUUGAAAUCCUGAUUUUGAGAAACGUUCUUUUUCAGUUUGUGAUUUGCUUGUAGUUGAAAGGGAUAUUUAUGGAAAAGUUAGAGUUUGAUGCAGUUUUAGUGUAAGAUUUAUCGUUAUAACUUUGAAAAUUUCUACAUCUACAAGUAUGCAACUCUUGUCGCCAUCGUUCUUUAUGGUGUCUUCAACAGACCAUUCAGACUCAGUAGAGUUUGAAGUUGAACAAAAACAUCAAAAUUUUAUGCUGAUCUUUUUCUACAUAUCCUGGAGGUAUUUUGUCUUUUGCAUCACUAUCACUUGGUUCGAGUUUAGGUUAGGCUUAGGCCACUCUCAACUACUUCUGUAUGAUUUUGUAUGAUUGCUAAUCUUGAGCGUAAAUGGUUUUUCUAUUUCUACUUUUUUAAAUCAAAGAAGUAGCAUAUCCUUGUUGUUUUGAAACGAAGUGCAAGAUGAGGUUUGAAUCGUAGUUCUUUUGUGUAAAAUCAAGUUUGUAGAAUUUAUAUCACGAAAAAUGGAAACUACCGGAACUACGAGAGGAAUUUUUGAUUUCCACUGACUUGGUAGGAGACUUUGAUUUCCACUAACAACAAUUAUGCGCCGGUACGACACGCUCAUGGUCUGAGAGUAAAAAGAAGUUGUUGUCCUUUCCCUUUGGGAUGAGUAUCAUACUCGGACGAGGAGGGCAACAGCCUUCUUGGCAGGCACCGUUAGAUAGUUGUACCCAAAAAACCAUGGGUGGUACGGUCGCCAAGUACAAGAAGAACAACAUGUACAGAUCUUUAUCACACAGGGCAAUAUCGGGCAACGGAGACAAAUAGCAAUAGCCAUAUUAGCUAGCGGGUAAGUACUUACAUCAGUCGGCACUUGAAGCUACGAUGCAGGCACGGUAA